UGAUUGUUACACCUCAAAUGCCUCGAACAUGUUCCUAGAUCAACCCAGGAGAGUACAAGCAAGCAUAGUGAUGGCAACGAGAAGCAAACUCUGAGCGGAUUCUUCUUAUCCGCUAAAUGAUCCCGUGGGGCCAACCUGGCAGUGACCCUAAAGACAGCAACCACCCCCCUCCUGACUCAACCACGAAAAGACUACGCGCACACGUCAAACUACCCCACAGGACCCGUACCUGCCCCCGCACCCCCCGACGCAAUCGUCCACCCCGCGUCGUCUCCGGCCGCCGCCCACCGCCGCCGGAGCCCCGCCGCCCCCAGCCCGCCAUGGCGGAUCCGCCGUCCGCGGCCGCCACCGCCUCGCCGCAGCCCGAUCAGCUCGCCGCCGCCGCCGUCUCCACCCCGCAAAACCCCAACCCUAACCCCCUCCUCUCCCCCCAAAUCCCACCGUCGCCCACCGUCUCCGACCUGUCCGCCAUCUCGUCCCCGCAGCUCGACCCGUCCGCGGCGGGCGGCGGGGCCAUGGACUACCCCCCGCGGCCGCCGCAGAUGCAGGCUCCUUCGCCCGGCCAGGCGGCGGCCGGGGCUGGAGGCUUCGGCCAGAUCCACCGCUCGGGCUCGGGCUCCCGCCUCGCCGCUGUCGGCCAGCUUCCACAGUACGCUGCUGCUGCGGCCAGGAUGUACGGCAGUCAGGUGAACUUCUCGGGAGGUGGAGGACAGGUGGGACAACAGCAGCAGCAGCAGCAGCAGCUGGCUGCUCGCGCGGCCAUGCUUAGUCAAGGCCAGAUUGGGAUGCUGCAAGGGCAGGGGAACGCAGCAUCUGCGGCGCACUAUGGUCUCCAGUCACAGAUGAUGGCGCAGCCAAGGCAGAAGGGUAUGGUGCAAGGUGCACAAUUUAAUACUGCCAAUGCAGCUCAAGCAUUACAAGGUAUGCAGUCCAUGGGAGUCAUGGGUGGUAUGAGAGGAAAUGGAACUAUUCCAUAUAAUCAGCAACGUUUUGCCCAUGCACAAGCACAAUUGAGGCCGCAGCAGACAUCACAGCAAGGCACACUGUCUCCACAGGUUGUGGGUCAAGGCUUGACAAGAACAGCAUCGAUUGCUGCAUUAAAUCCACAGCUACCUGGAUCGUCGACAAAUGGGCCGAUGGCACAAAUGUCCCUUCCUCAGAAACAGCAGCAGGCAGCAUGGUUAAAACAAAUGCAAUCAUCGCUGGGAUCACCUGUUUCUCCACAACAAUUUCAGCAUCAACAAAGGAUGCUAUUAAUACAUCAACUUCAACAGCAGUCAGGAUUGAAUCAACACCAAAUCGCACAAACCCAACAACAGCAUCCUCAUCUCAAUACCCAGCUUUUACAGCAGCAACACAUUCUACAGCAACUUCAGCAACAACAACAAUCUCCAAGGAUAUCAGCAUCUGGUUCCCAGAAGUCCAUGAACCUGACAGGAUCACAACCGGGCACUCCUUUAUCAGGUGGAACUAUGACUGGUGGAAGUGCAAGUCAAGGAGCAGAAGUAACUAAUCAACUUCUUGGGAAGAGAAAAAUACAAGAUUUGGUUUCACAGGUAGAUCCCCUGGGCAAGGUUGAUCCAGAAGUGGAAGAUUUGCUUUUGGAGAUUGCUGAUGACUUCAUUGAUUCGGUGACUGCAUUUGCGUGUACCCUUGCGAAGCAUAGGAAAUCAUCAGUCCUGGAAGCCAAGGAUGUAUUGCUGCACCUAGAAAAAAAUUGGCACUUAUCUGUUCCUGGUUUCUUAAGGGAGGACAAGAAUCCGCAAAGACAUCCUGUAAAGGUAUCAGUGGACCCUCAACAACCAGAAUGUGAUGCUGCUGGUAUUAGAAGCACAGGAAAUAAAUUGGUAAUUAACAAUUCAGUUGCCAACCAUCAAACAAGACCUCCGGUUACUGAGCCUUCACCAAUGCCCACAAUGGGGCCUCUGUCAAAAGUGCCCCGUUUCUAAGCAUCAUGCCUCCUCAUCAGUGCAAGGGAAAAGGGAAAUUACAUUACAGGUUCUAGGACAUUUCACAUACAGCUUGGUAUUAAUUAGUAUCUAACUUGAGGAUUGCUAGCAAAUGGAAGCACAAUAAAUGUAUGAGCAUCUACGGGCAAAAGUGGGAUGCUUGUGUUCUUUAAAGGAAAGAAGUUGCUGACUGACAGAUUGUUCGCGACAGCCUCAUCCAGGAGCUCUUGUGUAACCUUAUUAGAAGUAUUCGUUGAUCGCUGUAGCUGACCCCUCUCGUUGUACAUAAAUGUUUUUUUGCGAACGGGGCAGCCCUUUUCGUUCUUGUUGUUCCUAUAUAGAUGUAGAACCCAUAUUAUGGUAUCGUGUAUUUGCUACAACUCAUAAGUUGAUCUAAAAGAUCAGAAAAAAAUGUCAUUAUAUCGUGUCA